CAAACAACCAGAGGCGCAAGCAUAGAGCCGUUUUCUUCUCCAAUCCUUGUGUGACAGCAGAGCAGAGCAGAGUUUUCCUCACCCACCAAUCCAGUGUGUUCCAAUUAGAGUGAUAAAACCAAGUAGCAAUCAUGAAGAUCUUCGCCGCCGUUGCCGUGAUCUCGCUGGCCGUUCUUGCGGCAGCCGAACCACCAGCCCCUCGCAGCAACUAUCUUCCACCGAACCAGCAGCAGGCCGGCAAUUUCAAUGGGGCUAACGGUUACAACUAUAACACAAACAAUAACGGCUACAACUAUCCCUCCACGGCCCCUUCCGCGCAGUAUGGCGCACCAUCCGGCUCAGGAACAAGCGGAUCUGAAGGAUACAACUAUGCCGAUGCCAAUGCCGAGCCGGCCAAAUAUUCUUUCGAGUACAACGUCCAGGACUCGUACUCCGGUAAUGACUUUGGGCACAUGGAAUCACGCGACGGAGACCGCACCGUUGGACGCUACUAUGUCCUGCUUCCCGAUGGUCGCAAGCAAAUUGUGAACUACGAAGCCGACCAGAACGGAUACCGCCCAACCAUCACCUACGAAGAUACCGGCGCUGGAAGCAACGGAUCCGGUGGAUACCCAAACAGCCAGGGUGGAUUCCAGGGAUACCAGUAAGAUGGGAUCUGACCAUCAACCAUCAGCGCAACGACUCAAAACUUGUUAGGAACGAAUUUUAGCUCUAUAGGUUAUUGUUCUAGUGAAUUUAAUUACAGCCCUUUGUUCUCAUACUCAUACUCAUACUCAUACCGAACACCAGUGGCUGGCGGGGAACCUGAUUCCAACCGUCUUGAUGGCCAGUAUUGAAGCAGGAAUCAGUUUUCGUGCGAGGCACCGCGAGUAUCGGCUACCGUUCACCAAUUUGACAACACACAAGCUACAAGGUCAUCUGACCUCUUGAAGCAGAACCAAUUGGCCUGCGUUAAGCCAAACCGAGCUAAGCGCCAUAAUUUUUUUCGUGUAUUUUUCGUACCAAAAUUCAUUUCUCGAUAACGUACCAUUUACGUAGAAAGUCAAAGAACACUUGCUUGCUUUCGUUUGCUAUUUGAGCUCCCAAUACAUAAUAGAUAUUAGAGUUCCUGGUGUUACAUUGGAUGUUAAAGCGAUUUUAGAUAAAGUACCUCAAAAUGGCGCUUGGUCCUCUUUGGCUUAACACAGGCCAAUUUAAAUUCGCCUAAAAUUUAUAUCAAAUCAGAAGAAAACAAAAUCACUUACCAAAAAGACCAACGGCUUCGAACACUGGAAAAUGAUUUCAACUUUUUGAAGAAACGAAAAAAAAACUAAUUAAAGUCAAGUCAAAAAUUAUGCUUUUAUAAACCAAUGCUUCAAAAAAUUCUAGGAACAUAGUUUCUGAAACAAGAAUUUUCAAAAAAUUUAGUUAAUCAAGUUUGAUUGAUUGGCGACAAAAAAAUACCAUUAUUAUUAUUAUCAUCAUAAGUUACCAUUCUGCAAGCAAAUGAAAAAAUGUGAGGAAAACGAUGAUAACUGCCAUAAAUGUUUAAGUGAACAACGAAUCAAGUAGAAGACGAGACAAGCAAAACCGGUGCCGCCCGCAACACGAUCGAACAGGACGGCACUGACACGCAAAUGCAUGAUGCUCCCUGGGAAGAAAACCUCUGUAAAUAGGUAAAUGUUAUUUGUACAAAAUGUUCUUUCUUUCUUUUUUUAUUUGCAAUAAUGUUACAGAUAUGUACAAUUUUGUAAUGUUAACGAAACAAUGUUUAAAGAAUAAUAAAGCCCGAAGAGGACACGAUCGGCACUCCCAGCUCGGGGGCGUAGCUUAAACGGAGCCAGUUCCGAGAGCUCGGGAGUGGUUGAUUGUUUGCUUUGGAAAACGAA